GGGAGGGAGCGCUGCCAGGUCUGUCCUGCUGCCAAGACUCCCAGCGCGCUCACACUCGCCCGCGCCUACCUGCGCGCUGCCGGGCCCUCAGCUGCGGCUACCUGCCACCUCCUCCCCGCCCCCCCAACCCCGCAGGCAGCGGCCUCCCAGCGCGGCUCUCUCAUGACGGCACGGCGGGCGGGGGUCCUGGCCUGGCGGCUCAGCUGGCGUGGGGAUUAGGUGCUAGCGUGGCGGAGAGGGCGGGGCCGGCACGAGGACUCUGCGCCCCAGGACUACCUGCGCCGGCAUCCAGGCUGUUGGAGUUGGCUGUCGCCUUGGAGAGUGGAAGUCCCAAUGGGGGACUCUGGGUCCAGGCGGUCCACCCUGGUCUCUCGGUUGCCAAUAUUCAGGAAAAGUAUUAGCCGGAGACAUGACUCUCUCCCUCCAUCCCCAUCCCCCAGCAAUGCAGCUGGCAUUCAUAGUUCCUCUCCUUCAAGCACCAACUCCAGCUCAGGCAGCACAGGCAAGCGCAGGAGCCUCUUCCGGACACCCUCCAUCAGCUUCCCCCACAGGAAGGGUGCUGAGCCCAAGCAGGUGCCCCCCAUGCAGAGUCUCAGCAUAGCCAAUGGUGCCCAGCCUGGCCAGGGCAACUCGCAGAAACUGAGCUUGGAAGAACAGGCCCACACCCGAGGCAGACAUGCUGGUGGCUCUAGCAGUUCCCGGAGCAAGAAGAUGACAAGAUCCCUGACUGAGGAUUUCCAGAGGGAGAAGGAACAUUCUGGAAACAAGAGCGUCUUCAUCAACUGCCUGAGUUCUGGCAGGAGUGAGACAGAUGACUCAGGCUUCGCAGAGGAGGCUCCACGCCGAUCCGUGAAGCAGUCCACCAAGAAGUUGCUCACCAAGUCUUUCUCCUCUCAUUACAGAUUCUGCAAGCCAGUGCCACAGGUGCUGCAGGGGCACCAGGUGCCCCAGGGCCAGCUGGUGCCACAGUCUGGCCUGUCCCAGGAAGUUGAGCCUGGCCUGCUAAGCUCCUCCCCACCAUGUUCCAGGGAUGUGCCAGCGCAAAUGGUAGGGAGCUCCUUGCCAUCCCCCUUGCUCUCUGCUGACCUGACCACAGUCCAGACGCCCUCUGAGUUUCUAACCCUCACUGAGGACUCCCUUUCCGAGCCAGAGGCUUCUCACAGUGACCUGCUGGGCCUCCAGGAUUCUACCUCUCACAUAGCUCCCCAUCCUGCUGCCUCAAAGACAGCCACCCUGGACCUUUUGGGAACUGUCCCAAGGGCAGUGACAGCUCCUGGGAAGUGCAGAAUAGGAGUCCCUAGUAGCACUGAACCUGAUUCUGCUCCAUGCUCUUCUGCUGCUGAGCAGAAGGAAGUAUCCUUGCACAUCAAUGGGAAUGGACAGGGUGCCCAGGCCCCCUUCCCAGGAGGAUCCCAAAGAGAAGAGCACAGGGUGUCAUACAAUGGUGAAGCCAUGCUGGGGACCAGCCCCCCCAGGAAACCUGGGUUUUAUGACCAGCACAGAGCAAUAGCUGAACGGAUUAGAGGGACACAUCCAAUGUCAGAUUCCAGGCUCAUCCCUUCUGCUGACCACCAUCUUUUCAACAGAACAGCACAUGGAUGUGACACAAAUCCUGCCAAAGUUCUUGCCAGUAGCCUCAGUCCAUAUCGAGAAGGAAGGUUCAUAGAGAGGCGACUACGGUCAUCGUCAGAGGGAACAGCAGGCAGUGGGAGGACGGUCUUUAAGCCCAAAGACGGAAACGUGGAAGAUGGUACAAGUCUGAGGAAGCCAAGAGCAGGUUCAUCCUCUUCAAAAAUGAACAGCAUGGAUGUAUUGAAUAAUUUGGGGUCUUGUGAACUUGAUGAAGAUGAUCUAAUGCUUGAUCUAGAGUUUUUGGAAGAACAGAAUCUUCAGCCUCCAGUUUGCCGGGAGGACUCCUACCACUCCGUAGUCUCCUGUGCUGCUGUAGGCCUCACACCUGUGGAACCUACAACAGAAGUGAAGAAACGAGAAGACCUGAAGUUUCCAGAACCUUCCAAACAGAGCCUCUCCUUGAAAUUAUCAAAAGAUGCUGAUCAGGAUGCCCGGUUCCCCCACCCCAACCGGAUGCCCAGCAGCCCUUCUACAGACUGGCCACUACUCAGCAUGGAGGACAAUGGAGGAAGCCUGGACUCUCUGCCUUUCAGACUCAUGUUACAGGACUGCACGGCAGUCAAAACCUUACUGUUAAAGAUGAAGAGAGUCCUUCAAGAGAGUGCAGACAUGAGCCCAGGAAGCAGCACCACUUCACUUCCUGUUAGUCCUCUUACUGAAGAGCCAUCAUCGUUGCCUUUCAAGGAGCUAAUGAAAGAUGAAUGCUCUGUACUGAAGCUGCAGCUGAAAGAGAGGGAUGAGCUCAUUUCCCAACUUCAGGAAGAGUUGGAAAAAGCCCAGCAUUUCCAGAAGGCUUUUGCUUCAAGAGUAGACAAAUCCACACAGACUGAGCUGCUAGGCUAUGAUGCCCUGUGGAAUCCUACAUGCAUUGAAGGUUUAUUUAAAAAAUCUCUUCAUAUCUCAACCUAGGUUCAAUCUUUAUUUGACCAUAAGAAGCAUUAUCACCUAUCUCUCAGAAGUUCAAAUAUAGAAUAAAAGCAAUUUUUCAUCAUUACAUAUGCUAUUUGCAGACUAUGUAAUGCAGAAAUGUUUCCAUUCCAAAGAUUAUAUAUAUAUUUACAUUUGUACAUGAUUUCAUAAAUAUUGAUUAAUGAAUAUCUGAUUAAUAUAUUACUAUCUUAUUUUUAUUGUACAUUCAAAUAAUAGAUAUCUAUUUAAAACUUAUUGCUAUAUACAGCUAUUCUGAAAUGUAAUAUUCCACUUGGCAGUAUAUGUGUUUUGUUCAACUUUCUCAUCCAUAUCAUUUGUGUUUCUGGCUAUAGUCUUUAUUUAUGCAUAUUUAGUAAGUUUGGAAGCCACGCUUCUAGCUUCCCUCAUCCAAGUGAGACAACCCCUAUUUCAGAGUGAAAUUAGUUGCAACUGGUAUUGAAAUAGAAAGAUGAAUGUAGGUCUUCAGAUGAAAUAAAUAACAAUGCAUCUUCUUUUAACUAUAGAAAGUCAAAAGCCUAGUAUGUCUCAAAACAAGUGAAGAAAGUUUACUGGACACUGAACCUGUUGCAAGGGAGGUUUCUUGACUGUGUCAGGAGAGAAAGUCUGUCUCUGAGACACUGGCAUUGUGCCCUGGUUUCUAUAUGUUCCCAACUGCUGCCUUUUUAUAAUAGCUCACUUCAGUUAUCACAAUGCCCGGUAGAGAGACCAGGACAAUAGUCCUUGUUGUGGACAGGAUGCUUUGUAAUGGAAGAGCUGUAGGGCUAAGAGAAGCAGGUUUUACUGAAUUCUCUGUGUUCUGCUAACAAGUGACUCGAUAAUCAUGACUGAUGGUGGUAAAGUUGAAAAGUAUUUAUAACACUCUUAAAUUAUUUGAAUUUUUAUGUAACCUACAAUGUGAAUGAUCAAAUGUUGGUUUGAAACUAUGUUGUUAAAAUAAAAGUACUGUAUGAAACAUUUA